CUGAUCGAUCGCACGACAGGUCAAACCAUUGGAAGUUUACCUUGUACCCUUCUGGAGAUCACUUAAAGAAAACUUCAACAAUAUGGGGUUAUAUAAGCAUGAGUUUAAAAGGCAUGGAAUAUGGGCACAAACAGGUGUAAAAGAAUACUUCAAAACAGCAAUAAGGAUCAACAACAUCUCUUUUGUAAAGAUGAACUUGUACAAUUACUUGGAAACAAGUAAUAUUAUUGCCUCUGAUACUUCGGGUUAUACUGAAAAUGAUAUUGUUGAUGCUAUUCAAAAAGUAUUUGCCUCGCCUACUCCCCUAUUGCCAGCACCUACACCACCACAUGACCCCUUUCUCUCACCGGCCCCAGCGCCAUCACAUGACCCCUUCAAUAUUUACCUCUCUUGUACUUCGAUUAACGCAAAACUUUACUUGAAUGAGGUUACCCUUUGCACUUAUCCCAAUGGGACUAGAUUUAUUUCAUGCCCUCAUCAAAUACCUGAUCCUCUAAGACGCUGCGAUGGAGCUAAUAUUAUGUUACCUCUUGCAAGAGCUCAACCGCCGAUUCCACCACCACCCUCACCACCACCUCCGAAGAGAUUUCAGGAAGAAGAAUAUGGGACAUAUCCAACGUUUGAACGUUCAUGGGCAAAAUAUAUAUUCAACGGUUGGAUUUAAUGUUUCAAUUUUUUUAAAAAUAAAUAAGAAAAGAGAAUGGAAUAUGCUGUAGCUGAUGAUGUGUAAGCAUAUAUAAUGCGCACUCACCAAGUAAAAUUAGUAUAACUUAUUACCUUGAAUAAAAGUUUUAUUCUAUUCUCUCUUUAAUAUUGAUUAUUU